UCCGGUAUAGAGGUGUCACUGUUCACACUCUCACCGAACAACCCCACAACAUCCUGGCCUGGACAACAGCCGCGCCGAUAGUGUCGCUACACGGACCAAGUGUUUCAGUGAACCUUUCAAGCGUGCUCUUUUUAGUGUUUUAGUGCAAACCAGUGCGGGAACUAUGCCGAGAUCGGUCUAGACGCUGCAUCGGAGCUAUGCUAGGACUAGUCGCAGGGGAGCCGUCACCACAUUUAUGAUUGUUUCUGAGCGGUCGGAGAAUCUGCCGGAUUCUGCCGCCUCCAAGCUAAACAAAUGCGUUUCGACACGGCUUUGGAAGCAUCCCUAGACUCGAGCAAGGCGAAGAACACAAUGGCCUACCACCCCUUCCUGCAGCUGCCGCGACAGACGGACUUUAGCGUCUCCUCCCUGCUGACGGCGGCCAACAACAACGCCUCUGCCAAUGCGUCGCCCGCGGGCCCCGCGUUCUUCCCGACGGCCGCCCUGGCGGCCUUCGGGGCGCAGCAGGGGCCCCACGGGUGCUACCCCGGCACGCUGAUCCCCAAGAUCAACCACCCUCACCCCCAUCACGCGCUCACGGGGCACCCGUACACCACCGCCGAGGACGUAGUGCUGGCGGCGGUGGCGGCCCACAACCACCACCCCGCGAUGGUGCGACCGCUCAGGGCUAUCCAGCCCGAGGAGGACGGCGUCGUGGACGACCCCAAGGUGACUCUGGAGGGCAAGGAUCUGUGGGAGAAGUUCCACAAACUGGGCACGGAGAUGGUGAUUACCAAGUCUGGCAGGCGCAUGUUUCCUGCUUACAAAGUACGCGUAUCGGGCCUAGAAAAAAAAUCCAAAUAUAUCCUUCUUAUGGACAUCGUCGCUGCAGAUGACUGCAGAUAUAAAUUCCACAACAGCCGAUGGAUGGUGGCGGGCAAAGCGGACCCGGAGAUGCCCAAGAGGAUGUACAUCCAUCCGGACAGUCCCUCAACUGGCGAGCAGUGGAUGCAGAAGGUUGUCUCUUUCCACAAGUUGAAACUUACCAACAACAUUUCGGAUAAGCACGGAUUUUUGAAAGAGAAAGCGAUAGAUUUCCUGACGAUACUGAACUCUAUGCACAAGUACCAACCAAGGUUUCACCUGGUAAGGGCGAACGAUAUCCUGAAACUUCCGUAUUCGACCUUCAGGACCUACGUCUUCAAGGAGACCGAGUUCAUAGCCGUUACUGCCUACCAAAAUGAAAAAAUCACCCAGCUGAAAAUCGACAAUAACCCGUUCGCCAAGGGCUUCAGGGACACAGGGGCGGGGAAGAGGGAGAAAAAGCAGGCGAUGCUAGCCCAGAGGCACACAGACGACAAGACCUCCCACCCCUUGCCGGCGCGCAUGUCAGCGGAUAGCAGCACCGUUUCGAAAACCGAUGACUCGGAGUUAGAUGUGGUCGGUACGGCGGACAGCCCAAGGCCGUCUCUUCACAGCUCCGCUCCCGUAGCGUCAUCUGUGAACCAUUCGGCUACUGAAGACGACUCCAUCCGGCGCCGCCUCCACGACGACUCAGGCUCGGAAAGCAGCUGCUCGGAGUCUCCGGGCAGUACGGCGUUUCGACCCCGACCAUCUUCACCCAAAGACUCCACGGCCGGUCCCUCGAACCCCUCCGAGUACCCGUCGCCCAACAUAAGCGUUGGACCCCCCAUACACCCGCCCCCUCAUUUAUUGCCUUACCUGUACCCCCCGGGCAUGUACCCGGGCGCGGGAGGUCACUCCCCCUUCGGCCCCCCUCUCAGUCUGUUCACUGGCGCCCACGCUCCUGGGAUGAAUCACAGUUUGCUGUUCAACGCUCAGUUGGCGUUGGCGGCGCAACAUCCCGCUUUGUUCUCUCAUUACCAGAACUUGGCGCACCCCAACCCCCACAGUCACCACCUCUCUCCCACCUCCCCCAUACACAACCACCUAAAAGGGGGACAUAGGUUUACCCCUUACACUUUACCCAACUCUAAUUCGGGGGUUAGUUCCUCGCCUUUGGGUAGCGCUUUCGAGACGGUUACUCCUAGCUCCCACACAAGGAGUCUAAGUAACUCGCCAUCUGGUAAAAUAAGGGGCGGUUCGCUCUCCCCACCCCUCAGACCCAACACCACGUCACCUAAGCCAGAGGCGGCCAACUCCCCCAGCGACUUGAAGAGCAUAGAGAAGAUGGUGAACGGUUUGGACGUAAAACAGACUGAGGAGAUGAGUGAUAAAUAGUAAAAGUAGUGAGGAUGUAGUCGUCUCGACCGUACUCUGGAUUUAUAUUGUUUAGAUGCGUUCCCAAGUGUGAUAGGGCGUUUGUGAUGGCGGCGUAACAUAGCGGACCUGUGAUAGAACCUUGUGGUAGUCGAUUUUCAACGCCGCCUCCGGACGCGCCUUACGCUUGAGAAGUGAAAUACUGGGCGCCCGCAAAACUUGUACCGCGUUUCUGUCACUGCAACGACUCAAGUUUGUUUUUUUUUAAUAAAAAAGUUAAUUUUAUGGAAAAAUAACAGAGACAUAGUAUUAAUUUGUCCAUAGCCAUAAAAAUAACUACGAAUAAUACGUUUUUUUGUUAUAUCUCUAAAUCAGGAGUGGGAUAAUUUUGUUAUAUGCAGAUACGGGAAAAAUAUGAUUCUGACUCGUUUUGUCGAUAGUUCCGAAUUCUGGUUGUGCGGGCGCCAAAAUAUACGGGGUGUUUUUGCAAUAAAUAUAUCGAGCUCACGAGAAUCUCCAGGUCACUUUGAUUUGACAGUACGUAUAGGUUAAUUCCGUACUCUUUGAAGGAUUUGAUUCGUACCCAACGGCCUCGAAGUGCUUUUUCCCAAGCUUACUGCUAUAAAAGUACAAAAUAAGUGUAUUUGUAAAAAAAAUUAUAUACCUACGGCAAUGUUUAGUUUAUUUUCCAUUGGUGCUGAUACUGUCACUAUUGACACAUACCUAAGGGUAUAAAAUCGCGUGAAGUUUUAUAACGGUAGGUCUCCAUUACAGUGAGUGUAGAAGGUACUGUUGAAACCUUGUAAGAAAUAUUCUAGUAUGUUCCUUUUUUUCACUAUUUAAAUGAUGUAUAUAAUGUAUGUAAGUAACUGAUGAUGUACAUAGUUGUUUUCUUUUGUGUAAAUUGUAUAUUACUAUAUUAUAACUGUAUAUUAGACCAGAAAUAUUUGUUUGCUGACCCGGGAUCCUAGCAAUAUUCACAGCUAACUGCGCUUGAAUAUUUCCAGUGAUUCAUUAGAUGCAACUCCAAGUCACUCUGUAGGUCACCGUUUUUUUUUGGUAAAAUGCAGUCCCUAUGCAAUUUUUAUAUACUUUGUACAUAGUCCUCUCCUUUCUCUCGAUAACAUGUAAAAUAUGCUUUUUGUUAUGUUCUAAGAGUACCAGGCGUAAACGUCGGAUGAAAACUAUAGCUUAUUUAUUACAAUUUUCGUUAGCUGAUACUUUUAUGGCUGGUACUACCUGAAGUAAUGACGUAGCAAUCGUGAACUUGU